AUGGAUGAGCCAUCCAGGGUCAAGCUAUCCAUCCUUGGCAGCCAGUUUGGUGACUACAUCAAUGCAAACUACAUUCCGGGGGCGAACUCCAGGAAGGAGUUCAUCGCAAGCCAGGGUCCUCUGCCUGCCACAGUGAAUGACUUCUGGAGGAUGAUCUGGGAGAAGAACAUCAGGACUAUAGUGAUGCUGACCAGGUGCAACGAGCAGGGACGAGUGAAAUGUGAACAGUACUGGCCGGCUGAGAGUAAGCACUACAACAACAUCAUCGUCAAGACAACUUCUGAAAUCACUCUUGAUGACUGGGCCCUGAGAGACUUUGAAGUCAAAAAUGUGAGUUCCUCCUAAUGCGUGC